CUUAGGCGUCAUGGAAGUGAGGUAUGGAAUUAUUUCGUCGUUAUUUUGUAAAGAUUAUGAUUAGUACAUAUUUUCCAACAUAUUGUAAUUUUAUAUUAGACUUAUAAACAACUUUCUUAGCAUCCCACCACCAAAAUGAAUACAUAUAGACUUUCCCCUCGUUCUGCUUCUGCUCGAUCUCUUUUAAGAACUCAAUCGCCCCUCUACGAUUUCCUAAUUCCAAGCUUCACCAAUUUCCCCAGAUCACCACGCACAAUUCGCCAUCUCUCCACAACCCCUCGAUCAUUCUCCGCCUCUCCCAGUACCCCUCAACCCAACCCUCACACUCCAAAUGAACACCACACCACCAAUCCAUCCCACCCUACUCCCCGCACAGGCGCAGAAGCAAUCACCGACGCCACCCCCUCAAAAAACCCCCUAACCCAAGCGCAAAAAGAUUUCCUCACCAGCGCCCUGCGCGUUAACCAAGCCGGCGAGCUCGCCGCCACCCUCAUCUACACCGCACAAACCCCUCCUAUAACAAACGCACACCCGCAUUUACGUCCCCUUAUGGCCCACAUGUAUGAUCAAGAAGCCGGACAUUUCAAAACAUUCAACCAUCUGCUCGCAAAACAUCGAAUUCGCCCCACUGCGUUAACUCCUAUUUGGUCACUGGCUGCUUCGGCUCUAGGCUGGGGUACUGGUCUGAUGGGUCGCGAAGCAGCGAUGGCUUGUACGGAAGCUGUGGAAACGGAGAUUGGGACACAUUAUAAUGAGCAAGUUCAAGUAUUGCUGGAGAUGCAGGCGCAGAUGAAGGCUCGGGGCGAGGAGUUGGGAGAAGAGUUAACGGAGUUAUUGGAAACAAUUAGAAGGAUACGAGAUGAAGAAUUAGAGCAUUUGGAUCAUGCAGUGGAGCAUGAUGCAAAGAAAGCCGUGCCUCAUGAACUAUUAACUGGCGUUAUUAGAGCAGGUUGUAGAGGGGCUAUUUGGGUCAGUGAGAGGGUAUGAUGUGAUGUUAGAUAACUGUAAGAAUAUUGGGUCUACACUGUUGCACGGAGUGACAGGGUUAACGUGUGGCAGAGUGAUGAAGAAACUGUUACGAUUAAUUUAAAGUAUAGUACAUGUAGUACCUUCUUUUUCCGACCAAAUAGACCACUGAAAUGAAAGAACUCCAAUCUCCAUUACUUUCUUC